CUCUUUGCUUUCCUCGUCUACGGAUCCAUCUCCAUUCCUUCUUCUCCUCUUCCAGUCUCACCAUCCAUGGCGAUGAUGGUGCCCUCCUCUGCCCUUCUCCUCGUUGUGGUGUGCUUGGCCUUUGCUGCCUUUGCUUUGGCCACGGACAUGUCGAUCAUCGCCUACGAUGAAGCGCAUGGCGUGAAGGGGGUUCUCCGAUCAGAGGCGGAGAUCAGGAAUCUCUAUGAGGGAUGGCUUGUGAAGCAUGGGAAGGCGUAUAAUGCUCUUGGGGAGAAGGACCAGAGAUAUGAGAUUUUCAAGGAUAAUCUUAGGUUCAUUGAUGAGCAUAACGCUGGUGACCAUGGGUUCAAGUUGGGGCUCAAUCGGUUUGCGGAUCUCACCAACGAGGAGUUCCGUGCCAAGUUCCUCGGUGCGAAGAUGGGUGGUCGGAAGCGGGUGGAGAGUGAUCGGUACCGAGGUGAUGUUGCCGGUGAGCUGCCGGACAACGUUGAUUGGAGGGCCCUGGGCGCCGUCGCUCCCGUCAAGGAUCAGGGUGGCUGUGGGAGUUGCUGGGCGUUCUCCACCGUGGCCGCUGUAGAGGGGAUAAAUAAGAUUGUGACAGGGGACAUGAUAGUUCUUUCCGAGCAGGAGCUGGUGGACUGCGACACAACUUACAAUCAGGGCUGCAACGGUGGGCUCAUGGACUAUGCUUUCCAGUUCAUUAUCAAGAAUGGAGGUAUUGACACAGAGGAGGACUACCCCUACAAUGGCAAGGAUGGGAAGUGUGACCCCUAUCGGAAGAAUGCAAAGGUUGUCUCAAUUACUUCAUAUGAGGAUGUUCCAGUAAACAAUGAGAAGGCUCUGAAGACAGCUGUGGCACACCAGCCUGUUAGUGUUGCCAUUGAGGCUGGUGGCCGGGAGUUCCAACUUUACCAGUCGGGAGUAUUUACCGGCCGAUGUGGAACUGAGCUAGAUCAUGGUGUGACAGCAGUGGGCUACGGCACUGAUAAAGGAAAGGAUUACUGGAUUGUUAAGAACUCCUGGGGAAAGGACUGGGGGGAGAAUGGUUUUGUGAGAAUGGAGCGUAACAUCAAUGCAACCACAGGCAAAUGUGGAAUUGCUAUGGAAGCAUCCUAUCCGAUAAAGAAAGGCCAGAACCCACCAAAACCCGCCCCAUCUCCUCCUACCCCAGUAAAGCCCCCAACAGUUUGCGACAACUACUACUCCUGCCCGGAGAGCAGCACGUGCUGUUGUGUCUAUGAAUACGGCCGCUACUGCUUCGCCUGGGGAUGCUGCCCGCUUGAAUCUGCCACCUGCUGCGAAGACCAUUAUAGCUGCUGCCCGCAUGACUAUCCCGUCUGCAAUGUUAGAGCUGGAACAUGUCUGAUGAGCAAGGACAACCCGCUUGGCGUGAAGGCUCUCGCCCGCACUCCUGCAAAACCCGCCUGGGCUUACUCAAAUGCAUAGAUGGAUAGAGAUUUGCCCUCAUCAAUCCAUUUGAGGGUAGCACUGCUCUUACUGAUUUAUCCUAAAACUCUGCUUUGUUUGUACCUUUUAUUUAAGCCAUUUCAUGAUCAUUGAUAGUCUCUUGUACAUAGUUUCAGUUUCAAUUCCCUAAGAGCAAACAAUGUCCUCAUAUUUAACUCACCAUCUGUUGAAUUAUAGUGGUGAAUUAUGUUGUUUUAUGCUUUUCAAGUUAAUCAUAAUGCUGAAUUUUCAUGCA